AAUAGAGGCACACAACUUGGAGAACAACAGAAAAGCGGGAGUAUGGCACGGGCAGCAAAGUCAGCGUUGGUCCUCUGCAUGGAUGUGGGGUUUUCCAUGAGCAACUCUGCCCCUGGCCAGGAGCCCCCGUUCGAACAAGCCAAGAAAGUCAUCCAGAAGUUUGUACAGCGCCAGGUGUUUGCAGAGAACAAGGACGAGCUGGGCCUGGUACUGUUUGGCACCGAUCAGACUAAGAACUCCCUGGCUAGUGACGGUCAGUACCAGAACAUUUAUGUGCACAGACACCUCAUGAUACCAGACUUUGAGCUGCUGGAGGACAUCCAGAAUGAGCUGCACCCUGGGAGUCAGCAAGCUGACUGGUUGGAUGCGGUGGUUGUGUGCAUGGACCUCCUGCAGAAAGAAACGCUGGGAAAGAAGUAUGAUCGUCUUAACAUUGCCCUCCUGACUGACCUCUGCACAAAGGUCAGCGCAGACCAACUGGACACCAUCAUCGCCAACCUGAAAAAGGCAGGAAUCACCCUGCAAUUUUUCUUGCCAUUCCCAUUGGAUGAGGAGGAGAAUGAUGGAGAGGGGGGCGAAGCUGGGUCCAGGCGACCCCCCUACGGGGGCAAGGGUCUGACGGUGGAGCAGCGGGAGGGGGUGGAGGUGGUGCGGCAGGUCAUGACCUCGCUGGAUGAGGAGGACGGCCUGGAGGAGGUCUAUACCUUCAGUGACGCCAUAGAGAAGCUUUCCAUCUUCAAGCAGAUUGAGAAGAGGCCCAUGGGGUGGCCGUGUCAGCUGACCAUCGGCAGCUCUCUGUCCAUCCGCAUCGUAGGGUACAAAGCGGUAACCGAGGAGAAGAUCAAGAAGACCUGGUCUGUGGUGGACGCUCAGACCAACCAGAAAGAAGACGUGAAGAGGGAGACAGUCUACUGCCUCAAUGACGACAAUGAGACCGAGGUGUCCAAGGACGACACCAUCCAGGGGUUCCGUUACGGGAGCGACAUCGUGCCCUUUUCCAAGGUGGACCAGGAGCAGAUGAAGUACAAGUCUGAUGGGAAAAGCUUUGCUGUGCUGGGAUUUGCCAAGCAGAGCCUGAUUCAGCGUCAUCAGUUCAUGGGUUAUCAGGUCAUCAAGGUGUUCGCCCCCAAGGAUGAUGAGCAUGCAGGGGUGGCCCUGUCAGCUCUGAUCCGGGCGCUGGACGAGCUGAAGAUGGUGGCCAUCGUCCGCUACGCCUACGACCGCAGGAGCAACCCUCAAGUGGGCGCGGCCUUCCCCUGCAUCAAGGAGAAGUACGAGUGCUUGAUGUAUGUCCAGCUCCCCUUUAUGGAGGACCUUCGACAGUUCUCCUUCCCUUCCCUGGAGAAAAACAAAAAGUUCGCCCCCUCAGAGGAGCAGCUGUCUGCUGUGGACUCACUCAUCGACUCCAUGAUGCUGACUGAAAAGACAGAAGAUGGAGACACGAUCGACAUCUUUAAGACCAACCAGAUCCCCAACCCGCAGUUCCAAAGGCUGUUCCAGUGCUUACAUCAUCGGGCGGUGAACCCUGACACCCCUCUGCCCCCCGUGGACCCCUGGCUGCGAGUGGCUCUAGAGCGCCCCCAGGCGGUGACCGCGCGCUGCCAGGCCUCUCUGCAGGAGGUGCGGAAGCUCUUCCCUCUGAAGGAGGUCGUGCGCAAGAAGGAGCUGAAGACCAGCGCGGACAUUUUCGGGAAUGGUGCACAGGAAGGGGAGCAAGAUGCCAAAAAGGCCAGGGAGGAUCAAGAUGAUGAGGAGUACAACCUCGCCAAGAUCUCAGCGGGCAACAUCAUUGCGGUGGGCAGUGUGGAGCCAGCCAGGGACUUCUGUGUGUUGGUCCGGGAAAAGAACAUUCCUUUCGGACAGGUGUGUCAGCAGCUGACCCACAGAAUCGAGCAGCUGCUGGGAAGCAAGAGUGUUGAUCACUACCUGAAGGUUCCUGCCUGCAUCCGGGCCUUCCGAGAGCACUCCAUAAGGCUUGGAAAUGCAGAGCUGUAUAACAGCUACCUGCAGUCCCUGAAGAGGAGUGUGGCUGACAGGGGGCUGCAGGAGUUCUGGGAUCUGCUCAUCCCAGAGGGCCAUACACUGAUCAGCAAGGAUGAGGUUGAAGGAAGUACAGUGACCAGACAAGAGGCCAAAGAGUUCAUGGCUGUUGAGGAGAAGCAGGCGGUGGAGGAGCCCGCUGCAGGUGUUGUGGACGAUGUGGAUGACUUGCUGGAUAUGAUGUGAGGUGGAGAACAUUCUGGAAGUCAAAGCUAAGGCGGACCCUCUCAAAGUGGUCACUGAAGAGGAAAGGGGUAGGGCGCCACCAGUGCACGGGACCAAAUUCAGUCUUCUGUCCGUCCCUAGUUCUAACUGGGAGUCUGAAAGCUUAGAAGGGCGUGCUCAUUGUCUGCUGCUUGCUUGUACCAAAUAGUACUUUUGUAAUAUAAACCUAUUUCCAGUGUGUGCCAUUUUGUACGGUUGAAACGGUGAACUUCGUAGAAAGAAGUG